GACAGGUGAAAAUAAAAAAAGUUGUUGUAGACGAAAUCAUGGCUUCGUUGAGUUGGGAUAAGAUUUGUGAAUACAAGGAAGAGGCAAAAAGGAUAGGCGUAGAACAGUUUAUUCGGGCAUUUAAGAGAUGCGAGUAUCAAACGAACAAAACGUUCAAAUGGGGCGAUGAGAUUGAAUACAUGCUGGUGAAGAUUGACCAUCAGGAGCACACUGCAAAGCUACAUCUGAAGGCCACGGACGUCAUCCCCAAGCUCAAGGAGCAUGAAGACAGCGCGACCGAUGCGGGCCUGUGGUGCUACGAGUAUGGUACCCACAUGGUGGAGAGUUGUCCGCUGGAGCCUUUCACCGCCUUUGAAAAUUUCGGCGACUCAUUGGUUGGCGUUGAGGCGAGCAUGAGACGGAGGCGGACACUGUUAAACAGUAUUUGUAAAGAUGAAGAUGGGACGUGCCUCACGCUGUCCAAUUACCCCAGGAUGGGAGCAGCCAACUCCACUGAGCCACCAUCAAUACCGAUCCCAGCACUCAGCCAGUUCUUGCCCGAGGCGAUUGAACUGAGGAGCAACCUCAGAUACAAAGCGAUCGGUAGACACGUACAAGAGAGGAGUGGAAAAAAGUACGCCUUGUACGUGCCAAUUUACAAAGAUGUAAACACAACAGCCCCGGAUAACGGCACCAAGUCCGACCCCGACGACUACCGUAUACUCAUGGACGCUAUGGGAUUCGGCGCCGGCUGUUCUGCCCUCCAGUGCACCAUGCAGGCCACGAACGUCACCGAGGCAAAGGUCAUGUUUGAUCAACUCACUGCUUUCGCCCCUGUCAUGCUUGCCUUGUCUGCCGCUUGCCCAAUAUGGCGAGGUUACCUCUCAGAUAUAGAUGGCAGGUACGAGGUGUUCAGUGAGGCCAUGGAUGAUAGGACGGACAUUGAAAGAGGCAACGGGCAUGGGGCCGAACAUGCUCAGCUGAAAUCCAGAUAUGGCGGCGUUGACCUAUACAUCUCCACUCAAGGUCAUUACUACAAUGACCAGAACCUGAAGACACCAGAAGCUCUGCUUACAAAGUUGAAGAACGCAGGAAUCGACCACGCAUUCGCAAUGCACGUGGCGCAUGCGUUUUCCCGCGAUCCGCUCUACCUCGCAACCCACCCCAGCCAACAAGACGAUGAAAAAUCUACCUAUCAUUACGACGCCAUUAACAGCACAAUCUGGAAGACUAUUCGCUUCAAACAACCCUGCCCCAUCACCAACGCCGGAUGGAGGGUCGAAUUCCGUCCAAUCGAGGUCCAACUUACCGACUUCGAGAACGCCGCCUACUGUGUUUUCAUGGUACUACUCACGAAAACCAUCCUUCAUCACCGACUGAACUUGCUCAUCCCGAUGUCGAAGGUGGAUGAGAAUCUCCGUAAUGCCGCCAAGAGGGACGCGGUGAGAGAGCAGACCUUCUCCUUCAGGAAUAACAUAGAAGGAAAAGAGGAACCAUUCACAAAUGGAUCAAUAAACGGUGGGACAGAUUACUUCAGAGAAAGGAGCAUCGACUACAUCAUCAACGGGUCAGGCGGCGGGGGUUUCCCGGGGUUGGCGCAAUACAUCCAUGACUUCAUUGCGACGCUCGCCCUGGACAACCAGACGCACGAACAAGUCACCAACUACGUCAAGUUUAUUCAGGAGAGAGCUAGUGGCAAACUCAUGACCAUCGCUCGCUGGCAACGACACUUCGUGACCUCACAUCCGGACUACAAACAAGACUCCAUCGUCAUUGAGAAGAUACAGUAUGACCUGCUGAACAAAUGCGACUUGAUCAGCCGCGGAAAGUUACGUUGUCCAGAGCUCCAUGGAUCUUUUCUUUAAAAGUCACUAUUAGUUCAUGCCGACUUCCCGGCGUUACGUCAAUCCAAGAGUCUCCAUAUUUCAAGGAUGGACGCACAACUGACGCCGGUAGAUCGGCAUGCUAUUAGGGUUGAAGAAGAACGAAGACCUCUUUUCUCGACGAAAGCUGACCAUGUAUUUUCAGUCUCACUUGGAGACUUUCUCCGAACUGAAUAGGCUAAGGAGGUUCCCUGGAUAAAAAAUUAUUCCUUUCAUACUGUUAGUCGCAUCAGGGACACAAGAACUAGUCCCCGAUUCCGAUACCGUGUGAGAGGAUUGAUGCUAUUACGAUUUACGAAGCCUUACGUGGAAUAAGACAUGUUUGACAAGUCAACAAAAUAAAGACGAAAUGUGUUCAAGAUGGCGGACAAAACCGCGGGAAAACUUUGUCAACAAGUCUCACGAGGGCAUACAAACCAAGUCAGAAACGACACCUAAACCGACGCUUAGAAGCGACAACCACAAACCUUGAAGCGCUACAACGCAGGUAGAAAGGUUUAACUUGACGGAAAGGCGGAAAACAUAACAGGAAAGUUGAGCUAAGACGUUAAAAUUCGUCCACAGACAAAAACACCGGUCCACUUCACAGAGCAGACAAAAUGGACAAGAGCCAGAGUCACAUGACCCGAUCUGACUUACCUUUCUCGUCUGGUUUCUCGCCCCCGCGAGACUGGAAGUGGGAACUUCGUCUGCUAAACUAUUUACAAAACUUAUCUAAACAGACAUGGCACAGGAGCGCAAUAAUUAUUAUGGACGGACGUUAAUACGUAAUAGUCCGUGUUUUUGCGAAGCGUUCCUUCUAUCGAGGUGGGGCAAAAAAUAUGUUUGUACUCCGAUAUGUAUUCCGAUAUAUUAGUACAUUUUUUGUAAAACUGUUAUUGUUGUGUUCAGACAUGUGUACAUUAUGUUAUAUCGUGAUUGUGCAUGGGGAAAGGAUAUUAUGCAUAUUAUUAUUAUUAUUAUUAUUAUUAUGUUUAUGUAGUACUGCUAUGCUUUGUAUCAUCUCAUAUUCCGGACGGCAGGAAAGUUGCAGUAGUGCCCGCGGAGAAGGUCGUUACACUGCAUGACUACUGUCAAGACAGCCGUAACGGCUCUUGGCCGAGUUGCAGUGUUUACUUGGGAACACCCAUUAUUUGUUUCGGGAAUUGUGUAAUAGCCCAUCAUAUUGAUGUUUCAUGUACUGUGAUAAAAAUGGACAAAAAGAUGACCUGA